AUGGACUCCGCCACCGUGGCGCUCGGCAGCCCCGCCUCCGACGACCGACGGUUCUGGGACCGCCUCCGCACCCGCGUCGACACCAUCCUCGAGGACCGCCGUGACCUCCCACCAACCGCCGCCGCCUCCGGUGACCCCACGCGUGUGGUGGAGUCCGAACGGGGGAAGCGCCUCCGGGAGGACUCCCUGAUGCUCGUCCGUGGCCUCGACUCCGUGGCGGCGUCGCUGGCGCAGCUCUCCGACACCCUCACCGCCGCGCAGAAGGGAGUGAGUGCUCUGGCGACGUGCUCUUCCCAGGCGAGGGGAUGCGAGGGAGGCGCCUGCCCCGAGGAGGUGGAGGAGGAGGAGGAGCCCAAGGCGAAGCGGAUGUGUGGCGGCUCCACGGAAGAUUCUCCACGGAAGGGCAUGGACAGCAAUUCUCCGGCCGCUGGAGAGGAAACGGCGGUUGGUCCUGAUGGUCCGGGGAAGGGGAAUAUCCAGGCCUCUGCUGAGGUCGCACAGAGCACUAACCUGAAGCGGGCCAGAAAUCUGGCCGUUUCAAUGGCAAGCAGAGCUGCUGCACUUGCCAGGGAGCUCAAGAACAUCAAGUCAGAGCUGCACUUCAUGCAGGAGAGGUGCGGUUUGCUAGAGGAGGAGAACAAGAGGCUCAGAGAGGGAUGUGACAAUGGAGUUGCCCCUGAAGAAGAUGACUUGGUGAGACUGCAAUUGGAGGCUCUGCUUGCAGAGAAGUCGCGGCUGGCACAAGAGAACGCCAACCUAACGAGAGAGAACCAGAGCCUGAUGCAGCUGGUUGAGUAUCACCAGUUGACAUCCCAGGAUCUGGAUGACUCCUAUGAGGAUGUUAUGCAGGGGAUACGGCUUGACUUCUCGUCGCCGCUGGGGAAGAUCACCGACGAUGAUGAAGAAGGCGAGUGCGACGAUGAAGUUCCGGUCACCCCAGCUGAGGUGUUAUGCUCCCCCGAUGAGUAG